AUGGUUUAUCAUGCAAGCCAUUCUGAUUUGACAUAUCAAGAUUUCAAGAAUUUCAUUUAUACAGAUGAAAGCACAUUUAGGAUUUUUGGGGCCGUGGGCGGCCAGACGUACUACAAGCAUGUUGAUGCAUCUGCACCACAACAUCGAAUCAUUCGCACUCUUAAAUUCGGAGGCGGCGGUUUAAUGGUUUGGGGGUAUAUUUCAGGCACAGGUAAAAUCAAGGUCUAUCCUAUUGAAGGCAACAUGAACACAAUGAAAUAUAUUUCAUUAUUACGAGAUCAUGUUCUUGAUGACCUGAUUGCCUCUGGCAUUGACUUGAAAAAAAUGACCUUUGUGCAAGAUAAUGCAAGUUGUCAUAAGUCAGUAAAAACCAUUAAAUGNGGCCAGACGUACUACAAGCAUGUUGAUGCAUCUGCACCACAACAUCGAAUCAUUCGCACUCUUAAAUUCGGAGGCGGCGGUUUAAUGGUUUGGGGGUAUAUUUCAGGCACAGGUAAAAUCAAGGUCUAUCCUAUUGAAGGCAACAUGAACACAAUGAAAUAUAUUUCAUUAUUACGAGAUCAUGUUCUUGAUGACCUGAUUGCCUCUGGCAUUGACUUGAAAAAAAUGACCUUUGUGCAAGAUAAUGCAAGUUGUCAUAAGUCAGUAAAAACCAUUAAAUGGUUUAAAGACCAGAAUAUCAAGCUUGGGAUGCAUCCACCACAAUCCCCUGAUCUUAACCCCAUUGAAAACGUGUGGGCAUGGCUCAAAAGAAGAGUUAACCUGAGGCAACACGAAAUACAAAACAAGGCUGAUCUGUGGAGAGUGUUGUCUGAUGAAGUAUCAAGAGUGAAACCUACAGAAAUUCGACGCCAUUUCAUCUCAAUGCCUGGUCGCUUAAAGCGUCUAGAAAAAGCUAAUUUUGAUAUAAUUUGA